CACAGCACAUUGCAAGAGCAUAACGUGACGCACAAGGAGCUGGGACACCCAUGGCUAUCAAAUGGAUUACUCUGACAGAUACUUGUGAACUUCAACAACACAGCAAGGACAAUACAUUCAGGAGGCACACAAAGGAGCUGCACAGAGCUUGCAGAACUUGUUUGUCACACUGAGAGAAAUAAAAAAUUGCCAGGUUUUGAUGAAGACACUUUCAUUCAGGAGCCAGCUGACAGCAGGCUGAGCGCAGGGACUGAGACUGACAGCACUGAAGAUGUGAAUGUUUUGAGUGGGAAACUGUUGUAACGCCUGUUGUAACACAGCUGCAAGUGGAUCACAAUUAUCGAGACGAGAGCAACACACACAGAGAGAAAAGGAAACGCGUGAGAAAGCUUACCAUGCACUGACAACAAGGAAUGGAAAGCAUCAGUGUGGAAACGGACUGGGAUGAGUUAGCCCUCUCCUCUCUGGUCACAACAGGAAGGAGCAACUUCUCCUCCUCGUCCUUGUUUGUCUCUGAUCUAAACUCCCUCAACACCUCUCACAGUGGGGGAUCCUUGUUCGGGCUCUUCCCUGAGAAUGGUUCCACCACCACGCCUCACACCCUGUCACAGCCAAGGACGAGGGACCUGGGCCUCGCCCGAGCGGAGAUCGCGGUGCUCGGCGUGGUGCUGGCUCUCACCACUCUGGGGAAUAGCUUUGUGCUGUGGGUGCUGCUGAGGAGGAGGAAGCAUAAUGCACCGAUGCACGUGUUCAUGGUCAACCUGUGUGUGGCUGACCUGGUGGUGGCCUUGUUUCAGGUUCUUCCUCAGCUAAUAUGGGACAUUACAGAGAGGUUCCAGGGGCCUGACCUUCUCUGCCGGUCCGUCAAGUACUUGCAGAUUGUGGGCAUGUUUGCCUCCUCCUACAUGAUAGUUGCUAUGACAGUGGAUCGGCACCAGGCCAUCUGUUGCCCGUUGCAGGCCUACCGAGGGGGAGCAAUGUCUCGCUGGAACACCCCUGUCAUGGUGGCCUGGGGCUUGGCGCUAGUCCUGAGCAUACCACAGGUAUUCAUCUUCUCUCGCUCAGAAGUGGCUCCGGGAGAGUUUGAGUGCUGGGGUCACUUUGCUGAGCCGUGGGGGCUGAAGGCCUACGUCACCUGGAUGACCGUGGCUGUCUUCCUCCUGCCCGCGCUCAUCAUUACCAUCUGUCAGAUAAGAAUCUUCCGAGAGAUUCACAAUAACAUCUAUCUGAAGUCUGAGAGGAUGGUGAUGGCUGAGCUGAAGAAGAAUGAAAUCUUCUUCCGCUUUCACAGCUUCAAGAAAGAGGACGAGCGGGCUAGGGAAAGGGGGAGACGGGCGUCCGGAGGAGGGGUCAGGGACAGCAGAGGUGGAACGCUCCUAAAGGGAGUGAAUAACAACCCUCACAAUAACAUCCAUAACAGCCAAGAAUGUUACGACUACGUCCCAUCCGCUAUCCAGUAUAGCAAUUGCCGUGGUGAACAUGUGACAUCACAGACACAGCAGCAAACACUAAACAAUUCAGAUUGCCAUGACUCCUACACGCCCUACGAGCUGGCCUCAGGGUCACCCCGUUGCUCCCUUGACUACGCCCCCCCUCCUCCUCCAGCCACUCCACCUCCAAGCAUCACUAAAGCCAUGUCGAAAACUGUGAGGAUGACACUAGUGAUCGUGCUGGUUUAUACCAUCUGCUGGUCACCUUUCUUCAUCGUGCAGCUUUGGGCUGCCUGGGAUCCCAACCCCCCAGACCAAGCAGGGGUGGCCUUCACCAUCCUGAUGUUACUGGCCAGUCUGAACUCAUGCACCAACCCGUGGAUCUACACAGCUUUCUCCAGCAGCGUGUCCAGAGAGCUACAGAACCUGCUGCACUGUCAGUCACGAUCUGGCCGCAGGGGCUCCCUGCCUGACGACUCCACCACCACACACACCUCCACCACCAAGGACAGUCUGUACUGACACAGACUGAUGAGACAGAAACGGACAUAUUUGAAAAGACAUGCACGGAUGCACAUGGGCCCGUUGCAAGGACGUGAUGUAGCACACGACUGCCACCACCACCUCCAGCAAAGCCUGAGAGCAGAGCACGUUGACCUCUACCAGAUGUUUCCAACAACAAAGGACAGCUGUACUGUCAACAGGACCUCUAUCUGUAAUCACUGGUCCUCUCCACCCCAGAGAGCGGAAGGGUGUCAUUGAGGAUGUCAACACCAUUUGAUGAGGGAACUGUGGAAUAUACAGUGACAGCAUCUGCAGUGCAAAAUGGCCUUGAAAUUGAAGAGGUUUUCACGUCAGCUGCGGAUAGGUCCCUGCACAUUGAUUCAUAUAAGGAAAAACUCUUUCCCUGGUCAGACAGAGCCGAGCAGCAGGAAUGCAAGGGGUGGAUCACUGCAUUAAUAGCCUUACAGCACGCCUAAUGUACAAAGCAGCAGACAAAGCUAUGGGUGUAGAGAAAACAAAGCAGCAGGCUGAGGGAAAGAGAGAGAGAGACAUUUACAGACAGCAGGAGAGAGCGAGACUGCUGCUGGACUGAGAACAGACAGGGGAUGACAUGGAUGUUACAGCUGCAGGAGCAGCCCUAAGAAGGCUGUAGUAGAAAUCUAAUAAUGUGAACAAACGUUGUUGAAUUAAAGAAAGUGGAUUAGAGGCGGAUGCUUGAGGCUGAAUUCAUAUUUGCUCAAGAGGAAUCCAUUUCCAAGGAAAAAGAGUGAUUAGCAAGAUGGACGGAGACUCACUCAUGAGGGCGGUGCGGUAGAGUCGACACACUGCCCCAUGUGGAUUAAUGCAGACGGAAACACACACACACACGCACACACACACACACACACACACACACACACACACACACACACACACACACACACACACACACAGAAGUGACAGGAGGAGGAUUAAACCUAGAAGAAUACAAAUGAACAAUCCAGAUUUCCGCAACCAACCGGGACACAAUUAUGUGAUUGUAUUUUGUACAAACACAGCAUACGAGGUACAUAAAAUUACUUUCCUGUCAUGCUCUCCUGAAUGUGUGAAACAAGAUGCAAAAGCCGUAGGAAGGAAACAAAUAGCAUUCCACGCACAGUGAUGAACAAUGUAAAGUAUAUUUAUUAAAAAUGUAAGGCACAUUAGAUAUUAUUACAUUGUGUGUAAGAUAAUUGUUGAAUGUGUUGUAGAAAACAAGGGGAUAUCAAACCAAAGAUUUUUUUUCUACUGCAGAAUCGAUUCAGGUCUUAACAGUUAUUACAUAGCUUCAACGGAUAAGACAAAUAGAGUGCUGCAGGAAAGUUUAUGUGUAGGUCAACCAGGUCCCCAGGAAGUGCGCCAGGCCUGAAAGCCAAUUCCCGUAGUGGCCAAACAGUGACAGUACAACUCCUGAGUCUGUCAGGUGAUGCCACUGGGCCCAAAAAGACAUUUUCUCAUAGACUGACAUUGUGGAAAAAGACAUCUGUCAGUCACUGACUAUAUAUUUUUUUUUUUACCUCUGCAUUAAAUAAUUACAUUAUCAGAAUUUGAUCAAUUUGGUCAAAUAUCAUUAGGAAUGUCUGAAAGUGCUGCACACUUAAAUGAUUUAAUUCUUAUUCAAGUUAGUGAAGCGCUAAACUGGAAAUAGCCAGCUCGGCUGGCAUAAGUCUCUAGUGUGCUUGCUCUGUGGGCCCAGCGAUGCAGAAGCAGCACCGAUCACCAAGGUAACUUCAAAGUAUGAAAAUUGAGAUUUUUUUUUCAUGCGCUACUGAGCAAAUUUCAUGGGACUAAGGGGGUCCCAUCUUCAGCGCUAUAUCCAGCCAACACACAGUUAGCAUCGUCCUGGUUCCUUUGACAAAAAGCCAAUGGGAUUUUUCCAUUGGACUUUGGACUAAUUCAGAAAAUAAACUCUGCAGCAAACAAA